GGCCGCUCUGGCCGGCCCUGGCUUUCACUCUUUGGUUUCUGGUUCGGUGCUGGCGGGUCUAGUCCUUGCACGUGGAAAGGCCUGCGGAUCCCGCGACCCCGCCUUCCUGGCUCGCAUGUUCGAGGAGCCCGAGUGGGCCGAGGAGGCCCCAGUAGCUGCGAGCCUCGGGCUCGUAGUUUCACGGCCCCGGCCUGUGGCAGCCUCGCAAACCAAGGCCUCCAAGCGCCGCCAACUCUUGGCCACAUUACGGGCCCUGGAGGCUGCAUCUCUUCCCCAGCAACCUCCCAGUCUACCUGGCAGUGACUCAGAGGAGGAGGGAGUGGAAAGGAAGAAGAAACAUGCAAAAAAGGCCUCAUUUGUUAGUGCCUCUGCUGCAGUAGGGGAGAAAAGGAAGAAGAAACAUCAGAAGCAGAUCCCACCUGGCAGUGACUCUGAGGAAAAGGAAGUGGGAAAGAAGAGCUGCAAACGGGUUCUUCUUGGCAGUGACUCUGCUGAGGAGAAAAAAAGAAAGAGGAAAUGCCGGAAAGAAGCCCCUUCAAACUCUGCCCAGCACCUGGACAAUGGUGACCCAACAGGUCCCAAAGCCCAGAAGGGUAGUGCUACAAAUGACCUCCACAAGUCAACCCCUGGAUCCACUUCCCCCGAACAAGCCCAGACCUUGAGCCGCAAACAGUGGCGGAACCGGCAGAAAAACAAGCGGAGACAUAAGAAUAAGUUCCGGCCUCAGCCACCAGCCCAGGCACCAGCUCUGGCCCCCACAAAGGAGACAGAGAGCCUUCCUACCCCCAGACCAGAAAGCCAUGAGGUUCGGGCAGGAGCUCUACGAGCUCGCAUGGCACAGCGGCUGGAUGGUGCCCGAUUUCGCUACCUCAACGAGCAGCUGUACUCAGGGCCCAGUAGUGCUGCACAACGCCUCUUCCAGGAAGAUCCUGAGGCCUUUCUUCUCUACCACCGUGGCUUCCAGAGCCAAGUCAAGAAAUGGCCACUGCAGCCCGUGGACUGCAUUGCCAGGGACCUUCGCCAGCGGCCUGCAUCCCUGGUGGUGGCUGACUUUGGCUGCGGAGACUGCCGCCUAGCUUCGAGUAUCCGGAACCCUGUGUAUUGCUUUGACUUGGCCUCUCUGGACCCCAGGGUCACUGUGUGUGACAUGGCCCAGGUGCCUCUAGAGGAUGAGUCUGUGGAUGUGGCUGUGUUCUGCCUUUCGUUGAUGGGAACCAACAUUAGAGACUUCCUGGAGGAGGCAAAUCGUGUGCUGAAGCCAGAGGGUCUACUGAAAGUGGCUGAGGUCAGCAGCCGCUUUGAAGAUGUUCGGGCCUUUCUGGGGGCUGUGACCAAGCUGGGAUUCAAGGUCAUCUCCAAGGACUUGACCAACAGCCACUUCUUCUUGUUUGACUUCCAAAAGACUGGGCCCCCUCAGGUGGGCCCCAAGGCUCCGCUCUCAGGCCUGAAACUUCAACCGUGUCUCUACAAGCGGAGGUGACCUCUGGGCCCCCUCAAGAUGGGAGGCAGGGCUCGAACUCCCUGCUCAGAACCCUGAAGACUGUAUCUAACCAGGCUGUGAGCCAGGACCUGGUACCACCCUGCCCAUCCAAAGAACAAAGUAUGAUAAAACCCCUGGUCCAGCAUCUGAUCUGAUGCAGUCUUCCUGGGUUGCAAGCAUAAAGUCACUUGGACUAGCUAAAGAAUAAGGGGUUUAUUUGGUGAACACGGGGAUGUCUGAGUAUCCUGGAUCCCCUUGGGUGUUGUGGAAUUUGGAUGGUUCAGAAUGCAAGGCAUCUCUGAGUUUAUCUCCUCAUUACAUCUCUUAGGAGCCACAUAGGCUUUCUGUCUCAGCUUCUCCAUUUUCCUCUCUCCCUGCCGUCUCUGCAGACCAACUUCCUAUGCUCAUUCAUAGCCUCUGCUCCUUCAGCUUUUGUGUGCCCAGGCUUCAAGGCUGCAGACAGUCUAGUGUUGCUUCUUGGCUCUGGGGCAGCUGGUAGCCCACCACCCUCCUGCUGGGGAAGAUGUAGGCUUUGGGGAGAUGCAGGUUGUUCCCACAGCUAUGUGGUGGGACGAGACUGCCUGGACAUUCACUGUACUGUGUACUUCUGGUGGCUCAUCUCUUCUCCAUCUUGGGAGCUUUAUGGACCAAAUCACUCCUAGCACCUAUUUUCUUGUGGUGCCCUGGUGUAUGUGGCUGAAAGCACAGAUUUUGGAGUCAGGUAGACCUGGAUUUGAAACCCAGCCUGCCACUUGGAACUGGGAGUCAUUUAAUCUCUGGAUGUCAGGUUCCUCUUUUGGAAAGUCAUAAGGAUUCCUGUCUUGUAAAGGUAAUUGUGUGGGUUAACUAAAGAAAUCUAUAACCAGGGUUGGGAACAUAGGAGAUGCUCAAUAAACUAUCCAUGGCUAUGAGGUGAUGUAAAACCUCAUUGUUCACUGGAAACCUUUGCUAGGCAGGGAUGGAGGUUGAGAAAUAAAGGAUGGAUUUGUUGACUCAGGAAGGCCCUGGGAGAGUCUCAUUUCAUGGGCUAUUCAGAGAUUCUUGAUAGAGUCUAAGCUAUGCUUGGAGGGGGUCUGUAAGGGAACUGGGUCUCUGUUCAUAAAUAACAAAUGGUUGAUGCCACGUUGGGGUGGGAUUUGGAGCUAUUUAUUGGCAGAAGGGAGUGUCCAUUGUCUCUGUCUUGCAUCACACCCAGAAUAGCACAUCCAGGGAAAGCUAUGGGCAAGUAAGGCUAGCACUAGAGUUAAAAUAAGCUGGGAUGAUAGAUCCCGGAACUUUCCUAGAAAACAUCUGCCUGGGCCCAAGGGUAAAGAUACAGCCUCUUCUAUCUCUCUCCAAUAAGAACUGAGAGUAGCCACUAGGAGGACAUAGCUUCCAGGGCUCUGAGCCAGUUUGAUGCCUCCAAUAAGGGGCACAGGUUUGAGACAGGCUGGAGGGCAGAGGGCAUGGUUGGAGCCAUAGAGGAGCCACUGCACAAUGCCUUUGCAUGUGCUGUUCUUUUAGCUGAAAUACCCAUUUGACUGGCAAAGAUUUACUUAUCCUUCAAAACAGCCUAGUUGUGUCCUAGUUCCUCACUCCCAAGGCAGAAUUAAUUUCCUCAUGUGAGCUCUCAAAGCACUGUGAAGAGAGUUACUUCAGCAUGUAAAUUCUCAGUUGUGAUUGUUUUAUCCAUGAAGCUGUGAGCUUCUGAAGUCGUAUUUAUCUUUGAAUUCCCAGAGCUUGUCAUUUGAGAUACAGCCAAUACACUUGUUCACCUAAGGAGGGACAAGGAAAGAUAGGGUCCAACUGAGUUGUGUGUCCCCCAAAACAUGUUGUAUUAGUUGGGGUUCUCUAGGGAAACAGAACCAACAAGAGAUUCUGUAAAUAUAAGAUUUUAUAAAAGUAUCUCAGGCAACUGGGGAUGCAAGAGUCCAAAUUCCA